CUUGCCAGAGGCAACAGAGGACUAAAGAUGCUCUUUCUCUUAUUCACCUUUUCUGCUUUUUUGUUGUCUGCUUUUGAACAAGCAGCUGCUUUUGCUCACUAUGACAAGAUUUUAACCCAUAGUCGAAUAAGGGCACGCGACCAGGGCCCAAAUGUUUGCGCUCUUCAGCAAGUUAUGGGAACAAAAAAGAAAUACUUCAGUACUUGCAGAAACUGGUACCAGCAAGCCAUCUGUGGAAAGAAAGCAACUGUCCUAUAUGAGUGCUGUCCUGGCUAUAUGAAGAUGGAUGGUACAAGAGGAUGUCCUGCAGUUGCUCCUAUUGAUCAUGUAUAUGGUACACUUGGUAUUGUGGGAGCUACCUCCACACAGCAGUACUCUGACAUAUCAAAGCUGAGAGAAGAGAUUGAGGGACGAGGAUCAUUCACUUUCUUUGCACCAAGCAAUGAAGCCUGGGAGCAAUUAAAUUCAGAAAUUCACAGGAAUUUGGUUGACAAUGUAAAUAUUGAACUGUAUAAUGCUCUCCACCACCACAUGCUAAAUAAGCGCAUGUUGACAAAGGAUCUUAAAAAUGGCUUGACUCUGGUGUCUAUGUAUAACGGCCAGAAAUUGCUUAUUAACCAUUAUCCUAAUGGGGUUGUUACUGUUAACUGUGCCAGGAUCAUCCAUGGCAAUCAGAUUGCUACCAAUGGCGUUGUCCAUGUCAUUGAUCGUGUCCUGACGGCUGUUGGAAAUACCAUUCAAGAUUUCAUUGAAGUCGAGGAUGAUCUUUCAUCUCUUAGAGCUGCUGCCAUUACAUCAGAUGUCAUGGAUAUUCUUGGAAGGCCUGGUCAUUAUACACUGUUUGCUCCUACUAAUGAAGCUUUUGAGAGACUUCCAAGGGGAGUUUUAGAAAGGAUCAUGGGUGACAAGGUGGCUUCUGAAGCUCUUGUGAAAUUCCACGUGUUAAAUACUCUCCAGUGCUCUGAAGCUAUCACAGGUGGAGCUGUCUAUGAAACCUUGGAAGGAAAUACUGUUGAAAUUGGUUGUGAUGGUGAAAGCCUGACUGUGAAUGGAGUGAAAAUGGUGAAGCGCAAAGAUAUUGUGACAAGCAACGGCGUUAUCCAUCUCAUUGAUCAAGUGCUAAUUCCUGAUUCUGCCAAACAAGUCAUUGAGCUUGGGGGUGCCCAGCAGACUACUUUUACUGACCUGGUGGCACAGCUAGGUCUGGCAUCUUCUCUGAGACCAGAAGGCCAAUACACUCUCCUGGCACCUCUGAAUGGUGCUUUCUCAGAUGACACCUUAAAGCUGGAUCAACGUCUUCUUAGAACAAUCCUGCAGAAUCACAUUAUAAAAGUGAAAGUUGGGCUCAAUGAACUCUACAACGGACAAGAGCUGGAAACAAUUGGAGGAAAACUACUUAGAGUCUUUGUUUAUCGCACAGCUGUAUGCAUUGAAAAUUCAUGCAUGGUCAGAGGAAGCAAAGAAGGAAGAAAUGGUUUUAUUCACAUCUUCAGACAGAUCAUCAAUCCAGCAGAAAAGACAUUGCACGAAAUGCUAAGAAAUGAUAAGCGAUUUAGCAUUUUCCUCAGCCUGGUGAAAGCUGCAGAUUUAGAUGAUGUUCUGUCACGGCCUGGAGAAUGGACUCUCUUUGUUCCAACUAAUGAUGCCUUUAAAGGUUUGACUGAUGACGAUAAGGAUAUAUUGAUAAGAGACAAAAAUGCUCUCAGGAAUAUUCUUCUUUACCACUUGACACAAGGAGUUUUCAUUGGAAGUGGCUUUGAGCCUGGUGUGACAAAUAUUCUUAAAACCAUCCAAGGAGGGAAACUCUACUUGAAAACAGUGAAUGAUACUCUUCUGGUUAAUGAACUGAAAUCAAGAGAAUCUGAUCUCAUGGCAACAAAUGGUGUCAUUCACGUCAUUGACAAACUCCUAUAUCCAGCAGAUCUGCCUGUUGGAAAUGAUCAGCUGCUCACAAUCCUGAAGAAGCUGAUUAAGUACAUUCAGAUUAAGUUUGUUCGUGACAGCACCUUCAAAGAGAUUCCACUGACGUUUUACAAAAUUAACAUAAUUGAAAGCAACGUCCAGCCUAUCAUCACAAAGGAAGACCCAUCUAUCACACAGAUAACUAAAUUAAUUGAAGGGGAACCUGAGUUCAAAAUAGUCAGGGAAGGGGAGACAAUAACUAAAGUGAUUCAUGGAGAACCAAUUAUUAAAACAUACACCAAAAUCAUAGAUGGACGACCUGUGGAAGUGACAGAGAAAAAAGUAACAGAAGAAAGAAUUAUUCAAGGUCCUGAAAUAAAAUAUACCAGAAUUACUGCAGGUGGUUCAGACAACGAAGAGAAGUUAAAGAAGUUUCUUGAAGAAGAGGUUACCAAGGUGACAAAAUUUAUUGAAGGUGAUGGUCAUUUACUGGAAGAUGAAGAAAUCAAAAGACUUCUGCAGGGAGAAGCACCGGUACGGAAAGCACAACCAAGCAGAAGGACACAAGGGGGAGCAAGACGGAGGACAAGACUAGCUUAUUCCUAAAAGCUUUCCAAGAUAGAAUCCACAGAAUUACAAAUUAACAACAUGGUCUUUGUGAAGAAGAGGAACUCUUUUUUUUAAAAUGAGAGUAUUAGAGAAUGACAUUGUUUUGAUAACAUAAUGUAAACUGAACCAUGAAUCCACAAAAAGAUGUGAAGAUGCAGAUACUCACUGCCAGCAAAGUGCUCACUGGGAGUAUUCCAUUGGAGGUGCUUUAACUGCUCUUAGUGGAAAGCACUAUGCAGGGUUAAAUCCUGGAAUGGCUGAAGGUCAUCAACUUCUGUAGAACCAGGAUUCCUUGUUAUGCUGGCUAGUAAGUGUUUGCAGGAUUGGAUUACAAAAGAGCAGGGAACAAUACAGAGUGUAUUUUUUUAUUAUUAUUAUUUCCACUAAAUAAGAAAUUUUAAUGAAAUUAGAUAAUUUCUAGGAAAAAAAUCACCUCAGGUGACUUUUAGAGUAAUCUAAGGGAAUAUGAGAUGUUAAUAUAGCACUUUUGGUUCAGUAGUAUUUUAUGCUUUUUAUAAGUCAAAAUUCAUCAUGUGUUUAAAGUCAUAAUGACACCAGUAAUAUUACCUUUUCUAAACAAACAAAUAUGCCUUGUAUUAAAUGUAUCUUUUAUUUUGUCCUACAUUGCCUUCUAGUAACAAGGAUAAUGGAAGCUCUUAAAAAAAAGGAGGAAAAGCAAACACUAUGAGCUUCUUGCUAUGUAUUUCAGACCAUGUUGACUUCUUUAUUUAUAAGAAAAAUCCUUCCCAUUAAGGGAAUCCUAUACAUAUACCGAGAUUCUUAAGUGUUUUUCCACUUUUCCCUAAAUGUGUAUUUUGAUUAUUAAGACAGAUUAUAAAAGGGAUAAAUAAAAUGCAUGCAAACGCUUAACUCAGCAUGGAAAAGUCUUACAAAAACAAGGCUACGUCUGAAAGCUUUAGUAUCAAAACAUGUUUUGCUAAUGUCUGGUGCUAAUAUGGAAUUGUCUGUAAAUUAUGUCAAUUUUAUAAUUCUAGUUUUGUACUCAUAAAAUUUGUUUGCCUUUAUUAAGAAAAGACAAAAUUCAUGGAGUGGAAAAAACAUUCAAAGUUCCUUAAUUUUGCAGACCAAAGUUUCAGAGGUGUUAUCUAUUUUGCUUUUCUACUCCUGUUUUGAAACAAAUCCUUAAUAAAGAAUUU